UCUAGACAACCUUGGGGUUUGUCAAAUUUGCACAGUUGGUACGAAAUGGAACUAGAUUCACGAAAAUGUAUAAAGAGAUGGGUCAUCUGUUCAAACGCCACAUUCUAAGCGUGUCCGUUACGAGUGCGUGCCGCAAAAGUGUACCGCAAUGACGCGACAGUUUUUAUUCGUUGUAUUAUCGAUAGGUUUUAUAUGGGUCAGCAUAGUAGGAGCACUAGAAUCAACACCCCUUCCAAGUGGUCGCAUUGUAGGCGGAAGUAAUGUCGACAUAAGCAAAUAUCCGUAUCAACUUUCCCUUUUGAACGAUGGUUAUCAUUAUUGCGGAGCAUCGGUCGUUGCUUCUCAAUGGGCAUUAACUGCUGGACACUGCUGUAACGGAUUCGACGUGCUAUCGUUGUCUAUACGAGGCGGAAGUUCUACAAAUAACCAAGGUGGUGUGGUUUUCACCGUUGAAAAACUGGUUCUACAUCCAUCGUUUAAUUCAAAUAAUUUAAACUAUGAUGUAUGCAUGAUCCAAAUCAAAGAAACAUUUCUUGGUCAUCCCAAUAUUGCAAUCAUUCCAUUAAGCAACAGUGACAGCAUCCCCAGCAACGAACUGGGAACGGUUUCCGGCUGGGGAGCAACGCAGUCGGAUGGGAACAGUGUCUUGCAAUUACGUGCUACUAAAGUUAAAAUUUUUACUGACAAGUCUUGUACUGCAGCAACUCGUAAUUAUGUAUCCUUAACGAACAGCAUGUUUUGUGCCGGAAAUGUAGGAAGCUCCAUAUGUGUGGGAGACAGUGGCGGCCCAUUGGUGUUUGAGCAGCAGCAAAUUGGAGUCGUGUCUUUUAUCGUUCUCGAGUGUGGAGGUGUUGCCCCGGCAGUUUACACGCGUAUUGCAAACAGAACAGUGAGGGAUUUCAUCCUACAGCAAAUAAAUAGCUCUAAAAUGAUUAAAACUACUCCCAAAAUAAAAGGAUAAAAUUUUAGACAUCGAAAUGAAGGUGAUAACCGGCAGGCCCCAAAACGAGGUAGACGAGUAAUCAACGUCUGGUAGACGUAUCAUUAAGAAAAAUAAAGCAAAUUUAAUCUGCAUUUCAUCCUUCCUCUGAUAAGCUGUACCAACCGCACUUUGCGAUUUGUUAUGACGUUAUGGGAUGAAAUUGUUUCCGACUGCGGGAGGUUGCUUUCGUACUGGAGUAGGAAGUAAGCUGCCGCCAGAAGCUGGGGGUUUUUGAUGGCGGUGGUUGGUGUGUUACCCUCAAUCGUUUCAUGACGUGCUGAUUUGCAGAGAUUCGUCCAGUCGCGGGCCGGUCUCCAACAGGCCGAAAGAUAAACGGUCGCAUCGCGUAUCUUAUGUUUGCUGAAUCUCGGGAAAGAUAAAGAUGAUUUUUG